UUAGCGCUUCUCUUUUUCUAACCUCCCGUUUGAAGAAAAAUGCAAUCUAUUUACAUUGUAAUCGCUGCGACAAUUUUCGUUUGGAGAAUUCGCGCCACGAUAGACGUGAAUCUCAGCGAAUUAGAAUAUCUCGCGGCUCGACUCGAUCCAUUCGAGUGUCGGCGAUUGAUCGCCGCUCUUCAUUACACGACUUACGAUUUGCCGAAGAAUCUGGCCGCGGCUGAGCGUAAGGUAGACGAGGAGAUUUCGUGUCUGCGUCAAUUGCUGCAUUGGAACAGUUUUCCUGGGGAAGGUAGAGGAAAAACUCACGCGGCGAUAGCGCAUCGUCUUCGGCAACUGAAUCGCAACGAUCUCGCCGACUGGCUCGGCAAAACCGCUUUCAAACAGCUGGGAAAGGAUUUGGACGAUGCUAUCGCGACGUCCUUCGAGGGUCUCGCCGACGAAGAAACGGAAACCAGCACGUCGGCAUUUAUUAUAAUAUAA